AUGGUGAUCAUAUGCAUGGCGAUGAUGGGGAGGAUCGAGGGCGGUCGUGACAUCCGGCAGCCACCAUCAAGUGUUCCUAGCACAAUGGAUUCGUCGGCGAAAGAGAAGGGGUAUGUGGAGCUUAAGAGGAAUCACGGCGGCAGAGAAGGGCAAGUUGUGGUGUUUGGAGGGAAGGAAGUGAAGAACUGCAUGCCGAAAGGGUUUAGACACACCUCUGCUCCUUCCAGAUAUGUCAACUACCUUCCCCUGCUUGGUUCUAACUGCCAUUGA